GUUCGUAUACAUUCGCAGCACACGCUCGGACCGCCGCCGCCCGGCUCCCAAGUUUGCGCCGGCACCAGCUCGCGAUCGUGUCUCUCCGCAACCGCCCGAAAGCCCGCCAACGCCGCCGUUUCGUCCGCACGAGUCGCACGCGUCUUUUAGUUUCCGCGGGUUUUCGGAGGAAAACAUUAAGCACCGAGUACCGCAAGUAUAAUAUUUUAGUACGAGAUUAUCAUCGACCGUCGUCGGUUCGUCGGGUUUUCGUGUGUUUUUUCUCGCGAUCGAAAUUUAGUUUUCCGUUUGGUUUGUUUUUAUAAUUUCGGUGCGUUGAUAUUAAUCGGCCCCGGUAUUUCGUUCUCAUUAUAAUUAUUGUACUAGUGUUUUUAUUGUCGUCGUGCAGUGCGUCGGUAUACAAUAUACUAUCGCUUAUAAUAUCCGGGAACUGAUAUAAAAUCGAAUACAGUUUGGUAAACUCCACACGCACACAUACAUAUAUAUAUAUAUAUUAUAUAUCCACACAUACGAUAUACUAUACAUAUAUAUAUAUAUAUCUGCUAUUACGUGGUUUUUUUUUUUUUUUUACUUUUUUAGUGCGUCACGUGCCUUGUGCGGCGGACAUAUAUAUGCCUCUAUCAUCAGUUAAAUAGCGACACGCUGACCGUACACGGGUGCGCCAUUUCCUUAUGUCCACUGCAACCGGACUGACGGAAAACCCGAAAAAGUUCAUCUGAUCCGAUCUAUCCUUGUAAGGGGAGGCCAAUAAAAAAGAUAUCUCGCGUAUUUCGCGAUCGUAAUAAUAUUUUGAUGUUCACACCCAUCCCGGUCCGCGUUUUAGUAUAGUUUACUGGCUCUGCAGACGCGCCGCGAAAUCAUUGUUAUACCCACCGCGGUUUAGGCAUACGAUGUGACUUUGUUGUCGUCUUCAUCACGUUUCUCGUUGAGACAAACACACGCGUAAGUACAUACCUAUGACAUCGCCAUAACGGCAUGCGCGAAAGAAAACUUUUCCCGAGUUUCCCGAAUAUUUGCAGCUGCACUGCAGCUCUGACACCCGAGUUCGUAUUAGCUGCAGUGAGACGCGCAUAUAGUAUACCUCGUAAGACCCGCCGGGGGAUAGAUCGGAUGAGAUAUUUGUGAAAUGCAUAUUAUCGUACAUUAAUAUACUUAGUAUAUAUACACACACAUACGCUAUUACACUUGCGUAUGUAUAUGUAUGUAUUGUAUAUAUAGGUAUAUGCGAAAGACACGUGAUUCGGUUUUUUUCUUGUGUUUUAGGUGAAAAAACAAUAAAAUAUUAAUUGUCACGCUUAUAUAUUCAAUAUAAUAUAUAUAAAUAUAUAUAUGUUGGUCGUGCGAUACGUCGUUUCGUGUGCGGACUAAUCAUUCAAUGUGUACGCGUUUCGCGAGGUGUCGUCGCCGCCGGCCGCGCAUUUUCGCCGGCGAUAAACACGAUGAUCGGGCGUGACGGCGCUCGUGAGUGCUGUGGGCGACAUUAUUUCGGGCAAACCGCUAGUGGCCGCCAGACGUUUAGCGGCACGUAAACUUUGCCGAUACGUCAUUGAUAAUAAUAAUAAUAAUAAUAUUAAUUAUCCGUCCGCGUGCACCUCAACACAGCUGCAGAAUGCCGGCGUAUGUCGUUAAAAUGAAUUAUGACCCUAACAAGUACCCCGUGUGACCUGAGUACCAUGAGUCUGUUUCAAGACCUGAAACUGAAGAGGCGCAAAAUAGAUUCAAGGUGCAGCAGUGACGGUGAGAGCAUAGCGGACACGAGUACUUCAUCACCAGACGUCGCUGGCCCAGCAUCCCCGUCUAGCCGAAUGGACAGAUCAGUACCGUCGCCCGGACUUAUCAUAUCAAUGGACAGAAUGGCGUCGUCUCCGGAAUGCGGCAGCAUGACCACGGACAGCGGGCAAGACCCGAAUGACGUGGGAGAAGGCGUCAAGGUCAAAGAGGAGAUGUUAGACGACCCGCAGCCGAAAGACGCGAUCGGGACGGGAUACGAAAACGGGACGGUGACGGCCGACAAUAACAAGACGGAACCACCGUCGCCGUCGCCAUCACCUUCGGCGGUGGCGUUGGCGGCGGCGGCGACGGCGGCAGCGCAACAGGAACAGCAGCAGCAGAGGCGCGAGUCGGUGGUGAUGACCAGCCCGCUGAGUUGCGUCGUCAAGUCGGCGACCACGCCGCCGCCGCCGACCCAUCCGUCGCAAUCGUCGUCGUCGUCGUCGUCGACGUCGUCGCUGUCGCCACCGUUGACUUGGACGACGGUGACCGCUCAAACGAACCCGCCGCCGCCGCUGCGAUGUUACACGCCCUCCUCCGCCACCGACUCCAUGUCGGUGACACAGCAAUACCAACAGCGCCGGCAAUCCGUCGUCACGUCCGUGUCGUCGGCGUUCUGGAACUCGGGCGCGCAGACGUCGGCCGCAUCCACCGCCACCGGUAACGCGUCCGCGGCCGCGGCGUCCGUGCUGUCCGUGUGUCGCAUCAACGGCGUCCGGCCCGAGCUCAUCGGCGGUGCGGGUUUCGCGACCACGGCUGCCGCUGCCACCGGCAACACUGACAUGAAACCGCCCGCCGCCAUACCACCGCGGACCACCCGGUCUGCACCCACCGUCAUUAUGGGCGAAGCGGGUGGAGUGCGGACGAUGAUCUGGUCCAGUCCACCCUGCACCGUGGAACAAUCCACGUCGCCAGCCAGCACUGGCUGCGGUUCCGUACCGUCGACGGUCAGCACGCCGUAUUGGUCAAACGCGGCCACGUGGUCGUCCAACACGUCGUCCGCUUCGUCUCCGUCCCCGUCACCCUCGGCGGUCAGCGAAGAGUCGGCCGCCCAUCUACUGCUAAACCUCGGCGUGGCCGCCGGCCACGACGUGGCGUCUGUCAUCAGCCACAUGCCCGGUCUCAGGCCCAUUGGCGGUCAGCUGCAGCAGCAGCAGACGUCUGUGGCCAGUGGCGGAAAUGGCGGUGGCGGCGGCGGCGGCAACGUCACCGGAGGCGGCGGACAGCAGAGCUUCCACGUGCCGCUCAACAUGGAACGGCUGUGGGCCGGCGACCUGUCCCAACUCCCGGUGGCCGCCACGCAUCAGAUGCAUGCGCUCAACCUGACGGCCAACACGGGACCCGAGUGGCCGAUGGCCGGUUCCAACGGCGAAAACAAGUCCGCGCCCGUCAACGCUUACCACCAGAUGGAGGAAGCCGACGAACAGGAACAACCCAUGGUGUGCAUGAUCUGCGACGACCGAGCCACGGGUCUUCAUUACGGCAUCAUCACUUGCGAAGGUUGCAAAGGGUUCUUCAAACGUACCGUCCAAAACCGGAGGAUAUACACGUGUAUAGCUGAAGGCACUUGUGAAAUAACAAAAGCUCAAAGAAACAGGUGUCAAUACUGCCGGUUUAAGAAAUGCAUCGGUCAAGGAAUGGUGCUGCAGGCCGUUCGAGAAGAUAGAAUGCCCGGUGGACGAAAUUCUGGCGCUGUAUACAACUUGUACAAGGUAAAGUAUAAGAAGAAGAGGCCACCGAAGAACGGACAAGUCAAAAUGGAGAAGUCCGUCACAUGCACCACGGCCAGUACCAUGACUACGAUGAAAACGGAAAACCAGGAUAACAACUCCUCGUCAAUGUCGACUCUGGUCAACGGUACCAUAUUAAAGACUGCACUGACGAACCCCAGCGAGGUCGUUUAUCUCAGACAACGACUAGACAACGCCGUGAGUUCGUCGAGGGACCGUACGUUUUCGAUCGAAGCCACGGUAAACAUGAUCAAGAAUCUCGUGGACUGCGACGAGUUUCAAGAUAUCGCUACCCUGCGGAACAUGGAGGACUUGCUUGAACAUAAUUCUGAUCUGUCAGCCAAAUUGAUGCAGAUCGGCGACUCAAUCGUUUAUAAACUGGUGCAAUGGACCAAGCGUCUUCCGUUUUACCUCGAAUUGCCAGUUGAAGUGCAUACGAGACUCUUGACACACAAAUGGCAUGAGCUAUUAGUGUUGACCACUUCAGCGUAUCAAGCAAUACACGGGCCGCAGAAGAUAUGGAACUCCACCAAUAUAAACGGUGACCGGAACGAGGAUUCCGAGUUCCACCAAGAGGUGUCUCACAACCUGUGCAUAUUACAAAACUGUCUAUCCUCGAUGAUGGGCAAACCCAUAACGAUGGACCAGCUCCGGCAAGAUGUCGGUGUAAUGGUGGAGAAGAUCACACACGUCACGCUCAUGUUCAGGAGGGUAAAACUGCGAAUGGAAGAGUACGUGUGCCUGAAAGUCAUAAUCAUGUUGACACAGAAUAACGGCAAUACCACUAGUGAGCUGGAAACCAUUCAAGAGAGAUAUACGUCUUGUUUAAAGACUUAUGUCGAACACACUUUUCCCAUGCAACCAAAUAGGUUGCAAGAUCUCCUUCACCGACUGCCAGAGAUUCAGUCAGCCGCUUCGCUCUUGUUAGAGUCAAAAAUGUUUUAUGUGCCUUUCCUCUUGAACUCCACGAUCAGAAGUUAGUGCGUACAUUAUGCACGGAGGAUAGCUACUGAUCAUCAUUAUUAUAAUAGAAUAGAACCAGUUACCAAAAUAAUAACUAUAUGUAAUAUAUGAAAGUGAAAACGAAGAAGAAAUUUGAAACGUCUAGAUUUUGAUACCUCGCACGCAUGCGCGUGUGAACGCUACUGUAAUAUAGUUAGUACGAUAUUCGUUUUGUAGGUAAAUUGUGCAUUGUUGAUUGUUAUACUAUUAUGUGACCGAGAGGAGAUUCUUAUAUUAGGUAUAUAUUUUUUUUAAGUUUUUCUUGUUUUUUUUUUUUUUUAUGUAUUACUAAUACGUUUCAUUUUGUAACUCUUGAGUUUUUCCUUUACGAUUUGAGAGUUAUUUAAUCGUUGAAUCCAGCUAUAUAUGAAAGUAUCUAUAAUGUUAACAUAAUGUUAGUAUAAUAAUAUAUUGUCUGUGAAGAUUUGCCCCACGUCUAUAUAAACUACGUAUAAUAUUAUUUUAAGAUAGUAUAAUUAUUACGAUACGAGAAAAGUUUGCCGAAAAACAUUAUAAUAAUAAUAAUAAUAAUAUAUAUAUAUAUUUAUAUAUGAUGAUGAUAUAGGUAUACGCGUAUGGUUACCUUUGUAUUAUUAUUAAUUAGACUUAAUUGUAGUUGUAAUGUUAUAUUGUAUUUCGAAUGUAUAAACUCACGCGUAUGGUACCUAAAUCAUAUAAUAUAUACAUAUAUAUUUAUUUAUAUUAAAUACGAUAGUAGAUAUUGUUUUGUUUAAAUUAUGUAGGCUGAUUAUCUUCUUUCACUUUGUUUCUCUAUUCUCUCCAUUCCCCCCCCCCUUAUCACUCUCUCAUUCUCUCUAUUUUCGAGUGUUUCUAUACGGUAUACUCUUCUCCUAAUUUUGUUCGAGUGGCGUUAGGCAAAACGUAAUGGGCACAGUCAUCGUAUUCAAUUUAUUCAUAUAGAAUACUGACACUCACACACACACACAUAUACACACAUACACACAUAGCUCUCCCACAUACAUAAUAUAUACUCGAGAUGGCUAUAAAUUAUUUUGGUAUUUCUGACAACUUUGUGAUUUCUUAUUAACGUAAUUUAUAAUUAUUAUAGUAAAAAUAUAGUUUGACUUACAUAAUUUUCAUUCAUCGCGUAAUAUGUAUAAAUAUAUAUAUUACUUUUGUACCUAUAUUAUUUUUUAAAAAAUAAGUGAAUACUUAAUUUUUUUAAUCGACACACUGCCAGUAUAUAAAUAACAAUUUUGCAUUAUACUACUUUUAUAUUUUCAUAAAAAAAAAAAUAAGUAAAAAAAAUAAAACGUGAAAACUAUAUUUUUAUACAUUUUUCGUAUGAACGAAAAAUUAAUUUUAAAAUAUUAAAAUAAUAGUAAUAUACAAUUUAAGUUAAAUUAAAUAAUUUUAUGUCGUUAGAUAUCUGUCUAUAUAAUAUAUAUAUAAUAUGUAUAUGCAUUUCUCGACUCCAUUUCGACGGAUGGUAGAUAUCCAUUUAAAUUUAACACUUAGGUUUUUUUCUGAAUAAAAUCUAAAUGCGCUUUCAUUACAACCGUAUCGGUUGAAUUGUUUUCAAAUACCCCACUAUUCCUCGAGCAAUUUCUAGGUUACCUAUACAUACAAAACAAUAUAAUAUGAUAUAUUUACCUCAAAUAGAUAACCUAUUUAAUAUUCACGAUUAUAGAUAAAUAUACCUAACCGCUUAGGUAGAUAUACACUAUACGCUAAACUACAUGUUUAGAUUUAAAACUAGCUGAAUAGGUAGUCAAACGUUUAAGUUACCAAUUUAUUGAAAUAUAAUAAAAACGACUCCUAAAAUAAAGAAAAAAAAGAGAUAUUAAUAUAUUAUUAUAAAUAGUAAAAAAUAUACCUACGAACCAUAAUAACUACGUAGGCUAAGGUGCAUAAUUAAAACAUAAAACGAAUAUUAGGCUCGAAAAAAAUAACGUUGAAAAUAGGUACACACAUAUAAUAUAUAUAUGUUGCAAACAUGUUCCUUUAGUUUAACUGGUAAGAAAAAUAUUGUAAAUUAUGUCCAAUGUGUUUUUUUUAUAUAUAUAUAGGAGUAAAUACGAUAUUGGGGAUAGGUAUUAUUAUCUUGUUUAACCUUUUUUUUUUUUUUUGUUAAUUUGUAACCUUUAUUAUAUUCUUGAUCGUUAUGAAUUGUGUUCCAACAUUACUAACGUUGUACUUGAAAACUAGAUUUUGUAAAAUGUUUAAAUGUUUAUUAUUUGUGUAUAAGAAAAAUUAUUUAUAAUACUAUAAUAUAUAAAUAUAUAUAUAUAUAUAAUAAUAAUAAUAUUAUAUUAUGUAAACACUGACUGUUUUAUCCGUGAAAAUCGGUGCCUUUGCGCUUGUUUUUGUUUUUUUUUUUAAUAAUAUUGUAUAACAGAAUCUGUCUUUUAAAUAAAAAUUAUAUAAUUUAAUAUGUUUGAUAGAAAUGUAGGCUAUAAAAAUAUAUUUUUUUUUAAAAAAAAAAAUGAUCUAUUGAAGCAAUAAAAGUAGUAAAUGAAAAAAAAAAUUAAAUAACUGAAUCAUAAGACUUGUUUUAUUAUACCUAUACAUUAAAAUAAUAAUUUUUUCAAUUUUAUAUGAAUACUAUUGUACAAUUUUUAUUUUAACAUUUUCACAUACAUAAAUUGAAUAAGUCUUUAAUCAAUGGUUGUUUAAAGUGUAAUUUUAAUCGAAUAAUAUAAUGUAAUAUUUUUUUCGGUCCCAUUUGAUUUUUCCGGACAUUUGUAAAAUAAUAAAAGUGAUAAUUUUUAAUUAAAAUCUUUGGGUUUUUUUAGUUUUAAUUAGUAAAUUACACACGAUGAAUGAUUUUUUACUGAAAGAUAAAAAAAAGAUUAAAUUAGAAAUACUCAAUAGCUCGUCUCUUUGGGCUGCUAUAUUUUGUUAAAAUCAUUUAAUGUUCACAAACCUUAUUACAUUUCAUCGGUGUAAUUUAUAAUAGUUUAUAAUCAAUUUUUUCUCACUUUGAUACUGCGAUUUAAAAAAUCGAUAAAUUUUUUUUUUAAACUAUAUGUAACAAUGAUUUUUAUUUUAAACACCCAAAAUGACUGUAAAAUGUUUUGAAACACUUAACAAUAUAACCGUAUGUAAAUAUCUAUUUCUUAUGGAAUUCUAUGGAAUUCAUGACACAUAAACACAUAAAAGACAAUUUUAUACGUUUCAUAUAUAUUUUUUUUUUUAAUAACGGUUUUCUAAAAGAAAACAAUUAAUAUAAAUAUUUAAUUGAAAAAUUAUAACAUAAUUGUGAUAACUAUUUGAACAUCAAAUGAGCUCAAUUGUUUUACUUUUUUUUCUAGAUAAACGUGAAUUUUUCAAAAAUAUUUUGCUUUAAAUUUGACUUUAAUAUUAUAUAAUAUUCACUGCAUAUAUAUAUUAUACAAUAUAUAUGUGUAUUUUUAUUAUUAUCAUUUUUUAUUAAAUACAAUUUUUUUUAUGAGUGUCGUCAUUUUUUCUGUAUAAUAUACGCAUAUUAUAGCCUACAUGACUUAAAACAAUACACUAGGAAAUUAUUUAUAUUUUGUACAUAAAUUGAUAUUUUAAUUAAUACAAUAUUUUAUUUUGUAAAUAAGAAAAUGUUCAGUCAGUAUUUGUACAAAAUUUAUAUAGACAUUCACUUUAUACCUACUACUAUAGUGUAAUAUUUUGAUUUUUGAUACGUUUCAAGUAAAUGAUUAUUACAUAUUAUUAGCUAGGGUAUUAAAUUAAUUGAUUAAACAUGCUGAUUAAGUUUUGAAAGAUAAACAUAAUAAUUAUGAUAUAUAUUUGAUGUUGUUUGUUUUUUUUUCUUUUUAAAUGUCGAUACUAGUGUAAUAUUGCAUUUUGUUUGUUUGUUUUUAUUUUAAUUUUGUUUUUAAUAUUAUUAUUAUUAUUAUUAUUAGCCUAUUUAAAACCUAUGUUUGGAAAAGAGAAAAAACUUUAUUUUUUCUUCUGUAAAGCAAAAUAAAAAAAACAACUCUUACCGUAUGAUAUCUUACAUGUAAAGCCUACCUAUUUGUUUUAUAAACUAGACAGGUAAUUUGGUAAAUAAAUAAUAAUAAAAAAAAUAACAA